AUGCUCCGCCGUCUGAGUCAGUCGGGUGUGAAGCAUGCGCUGUCCACGCCGAGCUUGCGUGCAGCAGCCGUGCAGACGCAGGCACGCACGUUCGUCUCGACCGUGCUGCUGACCAACGAAGGCUACGAAAAGAAGCAGGUAACAGAGCUACGCGCCAUGCUGCGCCAGCGUGGCCUUACUACGACAGGCCGCAAGGCUGAGCUGAUCCAGCGCUUGAAGCAGAACGAUAUGGCUCGCUCCGGCUCGUCCCUUGCUACAGCCGGCGUGGCCAAGCCCGCCACGCCGAUCACGGCACCCCUUUCGCGCGCCAAGUCGACCAAGGCGCCCAGCAGCAGCCAGCGUGCCAAGAAGGGCAAGGAUGCCGUGGCACAUGCAGAGAAGACCAUGCCGUCGGUAUCCCUGGAAGCGGGCACCGUGAUUAGCGCUACCGCUGACCAUGAGGGCAAUAUCGGCAAGGCGUCGCCAAGCGAAGAGCACCACGAAGUCACCGGCACGCCGGGUCUCCCUGAGGUCAACGCGGAGGCGGUGGCCCAGGCGGAAGAGAACAAGAGCACUAACACGUUCAACAUUGUCGUGCCAUUCGAGGUGACACCGCCGCCAGAGCCACAGUACAUCCCUACCAUCCAGGCAUUUGUGGACCCUACGCGUGACUUUUCCGACUCGUUCAAGCCAGAAUGGCACAUCCCGCAUAUGCCCAAGGUGCACACCGUGACAGGCGCUGAUGUCUCCCACUUGCCGAGCUUGGGCGAAGCGCAAGGCAAGCCGGAGCCGUCGAAGAAGAUGAAGGCCAUGCUUGAUAUGGCAGGCGAUAUCGUGCCGGCACACUGGCACCGCCGCCUCUCACAGAAUUUGACAGAGGCAGAGUCGUCCGCCAACGGCAUCAUCAGAGAGAUCAUCCAGGACACCAUGCAGUCGAUGCCGGUGGAUCCGUCAGUGCAGCCAUCCCACUCGCGUGCUCGUCCUUCGACUCGCCGCCCUCUCAACCAUGGUGAGCGCCGGGGUCUGUGGGUGCUAGGUGGCAUCGCCGCCUCUGGCUUUAUGCUGGGCGGUCUGUUGAAGCCUAGCGAGACGGAGACCUCGUCCACGACCACCACAUCGACAGCGCCGGUAUACCAGCCACCGCACUAUACGCAUGGAGGCGGUGUAGUAGGCGCUGUGCAGCGUAAGGUCUAA